AGAUGGCUGCGCCCAGGCGCUGAGGGAGGCGGCGGAGCAGCCGCGGCCAUGAGCGCCGCCCGCCCGCCCCGGGCGCUCGCAGGAUUGUUUGUGUGGCGUCUGAAGGGCGCUGGCACACGGCACAUCCCGUGCCAGUUCGUGCACCUCUGCCGGGCAGCCAACGACAGGCUGAUCACAUUUCAGUACUUUAACUUUCUCAAACGAAUGUAUGUAACUCAGUACAACAAAGACCUCAGCCAGCGAGCCAAACCCCAGUCGGAUCCAGUGGUGUCUCCUUUUCAUGAGCUUCAGCAGCUGGAUCAGGAAAAAAAGGUUAUCCACAAGAUUAGCCCAGUUUCACCUGUUCAUCAGCCUUGGCCUGAGACAUCAGGCAGAAAUGAGCUGAGAGAAGUGAAAUCACCUGCAGAAAGUGAAGCCUCGGGCACAGCAGCAAGAGCAGAGCCCAGAGAAGACAGACAGUGGAAGGAAAUGAAGCUGCGGCUGGACGAGUUGCCAGGAAUUUUGGCACGCUUGUCCAAAAUCAAGCUCACAGCUCUGGUCGUCAGCACCGCGUCCGCCGGCUUUGCCAUGGCCCCGGUCCCUUUUGACCUGCCCUGUUUCCUGCUGGCCUCCCUUGGAACUGGCCUGGCGUCCUGUGCUGCCAACUCCAUCAACCAGUUCUUUGAGGUCCCGUUUGACUCAAACAUGAACAGGACAAAGAACAGGCCGCUGGUGCGAGGACAGAUCAGCCCCCUGCUCGCCGUCUGCUUUGCUGCCUCCUGCGGAGUCCCAGGAAUUGCCCUGCUGACUCUGGGAGUGAACCCUCUCACUGGGGCCCUGGGAGCCUUCAACAUCUUCCUCUACACGUGCUGUUACACCCCCAUGAAGAGGAUGAGCAUUGCCAACACGUGGGUGGGAGCUGUGGUGGGGGCCAUUCCCCCUGUCAUGGGCUGGACCGCGGCUACCGGGAGUCUGGAUGCUGGUGCUCUGCUGUUGGGAGGGAUCCUUUACUCCUGGCAGUUCCCUCACUUCAACGCCCUGAGCUGGGGCCUGCGGGAGGAUUACUCCAGAGGAGGAUACUGUAUGAUGUCUGUCACCCACCCGGGGCUGUGCAGGAGGGUGGCUCUGCGCCACUGCUUGGCCUUAAUCGGACUCUCCGUGGUGGCUCCUGUCCUCGACGUCACCACGUGGACUUUCCCCGUCAUUUCGCUCCCCAUCAACCUCUACAUCUCCUACCUCGGCUUCCGCUUCUACAGGGAUGCAGAUCGCAGCAGCUCCAGGAAGCUCUUCUUCUGCAGCCUGUGGCACCUGCCAAUGCUGCUGCUGGUCAUGUUCACCUGCAAGAAGUCGGUCCUGGACAAGGAAGACAAAGGCGACGUGCUGGGAAAGGGGGAAAGUCACGGGAGGGCUAUGGAAAUUAGAUUGCCUUAACUGUCGAUUGUAUGUUGUCCUCGUGGCACGUCAGGUAGUUUAUUUUAGUGAUUACUGUGGGGGAUCCUGUGGGAAUCUGUUUGAGGAAGAAUCAUUUGUGCCUAGCGGCCACUUCCUGCCAUGAGUUUCUAUUUUCUUUUGCGAGGGAGUAGCCAGGAGACCUCAAAGCCCUCGGGGGCCCCACGGCUAUCACGUGCUAGAAUUUCACCUGUGGCAGAAGCACAUUGCUUUGGGGUGGCCUUCUGGAGUCCCUGUGGGCCGUGGUCCCUGUCCUGGUGGGUGGUUGGGUCAGUUAAUGAGUCACAUGCGCACACGUUCCACCGCCAGCACUGGCAGCCUCGGCGAAGCCGCCGGGCACCGACCCAUGAAUGAUUUCUCACCCUGCUCCCCAAGCACCCUUUCCUUUGAUUUAAGCUUUGAGGCACACACGGUGGGUUGGGGUUUUGUCUCAGUCCCCACCAUCCCUGCACUGGUGUUGCACCAAAACCCUCACUUUCAGGGGCUUUGUUCAGUCAGUUGCUUUUCCCGAGGUUCCCGUUCGCCCCAGGAGAUUUUUGGCUUGCAUACAACUGGCACAGUGCUAAAGGGGUAAAGGAAACUGCCUCUCAGCGCACCACACACCAGCAUUUAAACACCCUCCAGGUGAAAGCUCUGCUGUAGCACAUCCCUUGAACACACUGAGCCAUUCUACUGUACUUCCAUCACGGGGAGCUUCUGGGUCCCACGUGGUUAGAGUUUGAAUGCUGGGUGUCAGAUCUUCAGCUGGUAAAAAUCACCAUUACUGUUUCUGGCAGUGAGGCUGUGAAAGGUGGAGGAGGUGGGAAGCAGGUCCCAGAGUCAGGUGGUUGUAAGGAUUUUCCACGCUCAGGUGUCUUGUGCCAGCCCGUUCACUCUCGGCGUCCUCGGACAAGCUCUGGACUGGCAUCAAGAGUUUGAGCUCUAUUUAAUGUCACACUGUGGUGGCUCAGAGAAAGGUUUCACUUUGAGGGUAAUUAAUAGGUAAGGAAACACAUUUACAGAAAAAAGGUUGAGGAUUUUAGCCUAAUACCAUAAUGUUCACUUGCUGAUGCAGCCUGUGUCUCUCCAAAGCAAUUACUGUGGAUGGUCUCCCGAGGAAAGUGCAUUGUCUCUGCUAUCUGAUACACUGAAGAACAUUUCUGGCCACAGUGCUUGUGGAUCCUGCUGCAGGGCUGUGGCUCACCCUCAGCCUGCCUGGGGCUGGCUGUGACCUGCUGGGAUGCUCCCAGCCACGGCAGCACCCAGGGCAGACAGAGGCGGUGAGAGUUUAUUGUGGUAGUCAGUGCCUGUUACGACUUGAUGUGUUUCCAUGCCAAGAUUUCUUUCCCACGUGGAAAGGGACUGGGCAGCAGGUUGAGCAUCAAUCCAAAGAUACAGCAGCACCUGAAAUGGGAGACACUGUCUCAAACCUGAUCCCAAGUAAAUUCCUUCAGGAAACAUCACAAAUCUGCCACCACAGGCAUCUCACACUGGCACAAACCCUUCCCUGGCUGCUCUCGGGACCCAAGCCUGACUCUGGUCUGGGUUACACUGGUGUAAAUCAGGAGUGACACGGUUUGACCUCUGCUGUGCUGGCAGAGGUGCUCUCAGGAGCAGGGCCACCCUGGUUUAUGUGGCUCUUAAGAAAUUGGCUGCAGGAUUUGGUGACUCUGGGGUGAUUGCAGAUGACAGGCUGGAGUCCCCUCUCGCUGUCUGACAGGCUCUGUUGUGCUCAGGUUACUGUGGGCAGCACUUUGUGGAACUGUCUGGAAACUCCUGUGCAACUCCUGAAUUUGUUUUAAAAAUGCAUUCAGUCUUCUCUGCAAUAAAGUACAGACUGUACAACAGGGAUGAACGCUCCAAAUCUGUUUUACACUGUUCACUUCUGUUUGGAACUCUGGUCCAGUUCAGUUAAUUGCAAAGGUAUUUGGUAGUUCUGUGGCAUUUCUCACAGCAGCAUGUUCUUGGUCACUGCAAGAGCUUGUGAAACACUGAUUUGUUGUGCAAGCAGCAACUGAAACCAAGUUGCAUGUGAGUGGAAAGGGCUUGUACCAAACCAAAGAAUUUGGUCAACCUUAAGCCGACAGAGGAACCUGUAAAGAGCAAAUGGCUCACAGGAAAAUUCACAGAUUUUGCUCCCAGGGGCAGAAAGUGGUGCUGAAGCAGGAGGGUUGUGGUUUUCUCCUAAGUCAUUCCAGAGCCAGCCUUCAGAUGGCCUGCAAGUACCGGGUGCUGUCCUGAGGAAUUCCAUUCUGAUUAAAGGUCCCAAGGACAUGCCUGUGGUUGAGCUUGUAAGAACAGUCAUCUUCAUUUCUAGGGCCAAAAUGUGUAACAUUCACAGGGUUUAGGGCUAGACAGGAGCUUUGUAAUCAUCACUGAGUGUCUGCAAAAUGCAGGUCACUGGGCUGCACCAUCUCCACACCCAGUGGGUCUGGCCUGGAAAGAAAGCAUGGCUUUAGAAUCAGUGGAUCUGGGGUUUAAAAGUAAGAAACAGUCAAUAAAAUAAGCUUUUUUUUGUUUUGCCUAGGAGGUGUUCCCUCAUCUGCUACAAACUGGCCAUAAACAAAUGAAGCCAUCUACUGCCAUUUUACUGCCUUUUGGGAGUGUUGCAGUUGCCUGUGCUUUGGAAAUAAACACCUUGCCAAACUGAAGCCUUUUUUUUGCAAAUGGACAGUGCAGCAGGUGCUCUCAGGUCUCCUUUUCAAUAUUGCUGUUGCCGCUGUGGAAAUUAAAAAUCCUGAACUGUCUGCCCUCAUCCAGGGGUGUUUGUGGUCCCUGUGAGGAUUAAUGCCAG